AUGCCUGCACCACCACCACGACGCUCAUUAGCUGCACGACGUCGUACAACAAAAAUUGUUGAAUUUGAAGAUGAUAUUGAUGAUAAAGAAAAUUCUCUUAAUGAUAGUCUUUCAGGACGACGACCAUCACGCGUUGUAAAUAAUUCAUUUAAUGGUAUUGAUGAUCAACCCGUUCAAACGCCAAGACAAUUAGUUGAUUUAUAUCAAAAAACGGUUGAAUUAGCAUCCCAAGGAAAAAUUAAUAUAAAAAAUGCAUUUAGUAUUCCACUUGUAGAACGUUUACCCCAGAUUUUAAAUGCUAUUGCACUUGAUGAUAAAGAAAAUCAUCAUCUAGGACCAAAUUUUGUUAAAGCUGGUUCAGUUAUUGAUACGAGUGCAAAAAUCUAUGGUUAUCGUGUUGAUGCUCUACAAAUUGAAACUCAAAAAUUAAGCGGAAAUAUUCUAAAUACUGAAGAAGAAGGAACAAUUGAUGGAAAAAAUAAAGAAGAUGAUCAAACAGAUGGUAAUAAUGAAAAUAUUGAUUCGGAACAAGCUGAAAUAAAAAAACCCGUACGUCGUGUUAAAGCUAAAACAGCUACAUUUAUUUUAACGGAUUUAUCCAAAAUAACACUUGAACAUGAAUUUCAAUUUCAUCCAUUUCAACCACCAAAUAUGUGUCAAUGGCGUGGUGGUGUUGGUGCAGAUUCUAUCUAUGCUGAAAUGGUUUCAAGUACAAUGUAUUCAUCAAGUGAUUAUCCUCUUAUUGAUGGUUUUACUAAUGCAAACAGUCGAAUAGAUGAACAACAAAGUAAUAUUGAUAGUAUUCUUGAUCAAACUAUAACUAAAAUGAUUGAUUUAACAUCAUUACGUAAUGUUAUUAAAAUAAAUGAAGGACAUGAUCAUAUUCUUGGAAAUCAAACAUUACGUGAUUUUGUAUUUAAUGAACUUCCAAGUGGUUCAUUUAUAAAUACAAUUCAUGAAAGUUGUCUUGGACAAAUGGAUGAAAGUAUGAAUAAAUCGUAUGUAAAUAAUGAUGAUAUUGAUAACGAGGAUGGAUAUAAUCAUGAAGAAUUAAUGCAUGCUGCUAUUGAUGAUCUUAAUGAUGAUCAAUCACAAGCAAAUGAAGUUUUCAAAAAUGCAUUGAAUGAAUUAAGUAAUCCAGAUCCAUCAAGUAUACAUUCGAAUUUUCAAUCACAACAAUCGAUAAAUUCUAAUCUUCCAUCGACAAAUGGUCUCUUAUCAUCAUCUUUCAUGAGUGCAAUAUCAUUUGCUGAUCAAAUGCCAAAUUUAUUACAUUCAAAAGAUGUUCAAUCAGACUAUUCAUAUUUUGAUGCAACAAAACUUAAACUAUUUGCUGGACCUAAUAUAUGGAAAUUUACUAAUUUACUUAAUACAAACGCGCCGACAGUAAAUACAUCAAUUGUUCAACAACAACAACAAGCACCUGUAACACCACAUAAAAUUACUAGUAUAGCAAAAGAAGGAGGUGGAACAAAACGAAAUAUUCGUAUUGAUAUAUCCAAUCAUGUUUCAAUUGAUCAAAUUAUGUUUGGUAAUAAUAAUAAUUAUGGUCGAGAUAAAAAAGUAGUUAGCACAAGUCAAAGUUCACUUUUAUUACGUAUACGUGAAAAAAGUCUUAAUCAAAUGCAAUUAGCUAGAAAAAUACGUCCAUUAACUGAUUUAACAAAUUCACAUAAUUUCCCGGAUCUUAAUUUUGAACAUUUGGAUUUGAUAAAUCGUCGACGAGAAAGACAACAACAACAAAUUGGACAAUAUCAUGAUCAAGAAGAUUUUAAUGAGCAUGAUUUUCAUGGUGAUGGUAAUCAUCUUGAUGGUGAAAAUGAACCAUUAUCUGCAAUUGACUAUGAUUUUGCUCGUCCAAUUCAUUAUGAAAAAAUCGAAUUUGCUAAAGGUUCAUCAACUGUCAAUGCAAAAAAUCUUAAACGUCAAAUAAUUGAAGAAUUUGCACGACAAAAAACUGAACAACAACGUACAUUAUCUCUUAAUUCAAGUACAAUCAGUCAGCAAUCAUCAAUCUUAUCUUCACAAUCCGAAUCUCAACAACAACAAGAACAACAACCACUAGUUGAAUUUUCAAUUCUCUGUGAAAAUUUAGCUGAUCAUGGUCAUUUAUCAUUAGAAACAGAUUUAGCAUCAGCAUUCUAUUGUAUGUUAAUUAAUUGUAAUGAAAAUAAAUUAUUUCUAAAAAAUAAUUCGAAACGUGAUGAUUUAAUUAUACAAGAACGUCCAUUUAUGGAUCAACGAGAUGUUUCAACUUUAUCCUAUUCAUAUGUAAGUCAUUCAAAUUUAUCUGUUGUUAAUUAA